AUGAACUGUGGCGAAUUCAAUGUGUACUAUCUAGAACCACUGGAUGAUUGUCAAGCGGCUUAUUGCAAAGAUCUGGAACCAUGUCCUCCGGGCCAUGUGUCAACAAAUGGAGUUCAGCCUGGCUGUUCUGACAACUAUCCGAAAAUUGAGAGCGAUCCUACAAUCAAAGCGUUUUAUAAUGAGACUAGUGGCUAUGCGUACUUAUUAUGCUCCAUACAUGGCGAGAGUAAUGCAUCAAUAAUACAUACCACGCACUGGAUUGUCAACAAUGAAGUCGUUAAGGAAACCACAUUAACAGAUGGUGACACAGAUGAUACCCUAGACGAAGAUAUCUAUACACUUGGAUCAAAGGUUAAAUGCCUUGUCAGCAGCAAAUACUACGGUUCAGAUAUCGCCAGCCCGCCAAGAGAAAGCCAGGAACAAGGAAUUGAAAUAAUAAUUGACCCGCCAUAUGUCACUGUCAGUGAAGACCAACAACUGCCAAGCCACGUGUACGUGCGGGCAUCAGUGCCGAUGUCAUGCACGAUUAGAGUGAAGACACAAAAAGUAUUUCAAGGUCGAUCUGAAGUGGUUUUUAGUUCCUGUCUGCUAAACAUUGAAUACGACACAUUUGACCGUUUUCUGAACGUCGAAAUAGACGCAGUGCGUGAUUUCCAACAGGACGGCGACCACAUUUUAACAGUGUAUUUUGAACCCAUUGGUAACUGUUCCGUGAAUGUUGAACCUGGAUAUAACGAAACUGUCCCAGUAAUCAUUGCAUUAUUAUUUUAUAUACAUACAUCCUUAUAUUUAGAAAGUGAUGAAUCUGUUGAUUAAUCUGUUUUUGAAAGUGAUAAAUGCCCAAAAAUGGAAUUGAAAAGAUGUAAUACAUAAUACCAAC